AUAAGUUGAUUUUUUAUGCGUGUUCCCAAAAUAUUUCACGUUGUUGUCGAGACUGUAGCUUAUUGAACAGUCUAAAUAGUGGUGAAUUAAAUUCAAGUUGCUCCAAUUAUAGUCAACCUUCAUUUAUUAUUUUUUUUCUCCAAUAUAUAAAUAUACACCAUGUUAUGAAAAAAAAACAAUACAAAAAAAAUAUGUUCUCUACCAUAAGUUGUUCUAUUUAAAUAAGUGGUGCCAACGUAAGCAAAUAAAUUUGCUACACUUUAUUAUGCAGAUAAAUAUGGAAAAACUCUGAAGCAUACUCAACUUACUCUAAAUCUUUAUUAGAUAUAUGGGUAAUUAAACGGCAGUGACCAUGAAUACCUUUUAUAUAAACAAGUGUAUUAAAUUUGAGUGAAGUUAAUAAUGGUAAUAAUUAAUUUUCAAGCAUAGAAAAACCAAAGUCGUUGAAAACUUGUAACCUCCUACUUUCAAACUAUUAUUUAAAAAAAUAAAUAAACUAUAAUAAAAAUAAAGAAGUAUGAAUUAAAAUGGAUACAAAAACAAGAACUGUUACUAAUUCAGCUGAAAAAAUGAACAAUAUUUUACGUAGUCCUGUAGCAAUAGUGAAAAAAAGAUCAGGCCCUUUAGAUUGUUUGCUUGAUGAGCUUAGUCUAAUUGAUGGCAUUGAUGGGAGCACUAGUAUGUUACCAAAUAAUUCAGAUCUUAUAAAUAUUAAUCAAAAAUCAAACCAAACCUCUUCAGACAAACCAGCUAAAUCAUUGGCAAAACCUAUUGCAUUUUCAAAAUCGCUUUCAAGUCGUCGUCGUCAACAUUCAAAAGAUAAAGAUAAAAAACGUGAGAGGUGGCUUUUAACGCGCAAAACAUGGAGAUAUAUGACUGAUGCUGGACGGAAGUUAUUUCCUGAUGGAGCGCAUAAUGGAGCAUUAGAGAAUAUAUCUGAAAUAGAGGCACAGUUUCAGAGUGUAUGUGCCUCAGAGUCCCGAUUUAUAUUAUGGCGUAGAAAAGGAUCCUUUCCAGGUGCAACAAAACAACGUCUUCGAAUACUUUCACGUCAUCGAUUUAAUCAUGCUUCACAUCUUCUUCACAAAGAAGAAAAGGUUAAUGAAAAUAUUGAUAAGACUAUUGAAAUUUUACAAUAUUAUCUUAAAAUUAAUGAUUCAUUUAAGACGACUUUUUUGCUAGGCAGCAAAACCGUCCGACCUGACCAAACUACUUCGCCUAGCUCACAGCGUCCUUUGAACAACGUGUCGACUAAUCGGUUUUCCUCAGUCAGUGUCGGUAAGGCUUUCGAAUCCGGUGAGCACAGUACAGAACAGUAUGAGCUAUUUGAACGAUUAAAAGAAUUGUGUCAAAGCGCGCCAUUGCGGAAUAUACAAUUGAAUGAUAACACCAUAACACCGGCGAUUCUUCAAGAUACUGUACUUCUUAAGAAAAUCUAUAAUAUAUUAAAAAAGCAUCAGCUGCACCGCAUAUUACAUUCCUCCGAACCAAUGAAACCAUGUCUACGGCGCGCAUCCUCCUUCUCAAGCUUGCUUAAUUAUUCAAAUACUAGUUAUAAAAAUAUAUCUAGACGUAACGCACAAGAUAUUUUGCUUAUUAAUAAAGAAACGGUACCUACAAAACGCCAAUUAAAGCCUCCAAAAACGCUUGAGCUAAGUCACAGUGUUCAACAAAAAUAUCAACCACACACAAGACGGAGUGGAGUGAAUAUGAAUUCGUCUGGAACGCAAACGGAUUUUAUUCAAUUAAGUGAAUUAAAACGAAUCGCUGAAGAAUAUGAAAUAAUGUUUGAAAAUAAUGGGUCAGACGAUGAGCCAAGAGAUGAAAAACAUCGGAGGAACAGCUCAAUCGACAACGAUGAUGUCUCACAAUCCGUAAGCGACACUAUUAAACGUUAUUUGCGAAUGGCUCGAAAAAAGAGUGUCCAUGAUGCAGAAGGGAAUCGCUUUAGGUCUGUUAAUUACGACAGGAACUUACAAAAUAUUAGAGCAAAAGGAGAAAUUAAUCCACCAGGAAUGGAUGAAGAGAACAACAAAGCUAUACAAACUUUAGAUGCUUGGGCAAUUAUAGCUUUGGAUUUUAUACAUGGUAAUGAAAAUUCCAAGCGCUUGGAAAAUGCUCAUUUGGCGUGGGCCAAAGAUUUAAAUCUACGAAUACAAAAGAAAUUAGAAUAUGAUCGCAUCUGUCAGGAAAAAGAGAUUACGUCCGUCAGGAAUACUAAAGAAAACAUAAAACAGUCUCAAGCAAUAUCGGCUCCGACAUCGCCAACAAACCCGAUUCAAAUUCAUCAUUAUAAGGAUAAAGCGGGAAGAGCUGCGGGCGCUUUACUCACAUCUAGUUCGCAUUUUAUUUCAAAUUUUUGGCAUACAAACAAUUCCUCAAUAAAUGAUAACUUAAAUGAAGCAUAUAUAAAUCAAAAAAAUGAUACAAAUAUGCAAAAAUCUAAAUCGUUGUCUAAUGUUGGUCAAUAUGUUUCAAGAAAGAUCUGGGGAAGUCGAUCAAAAGGUCAAAAUAGACACAAUGAAAGUAAACAUUGUGAGCCACAAUCUCAGAAAUGGGCGCCAUCUCUUAAUUACACAUGGAUAUCAGACCAAGGCCAAGUCAUAAAAAUAAAUGAUACGGCAUUGGAAAACCUUUCGCAGACUGAAGCAUCAAUACUUAAAAAUAUUGCAAUUGAAAAAAUUAAAGAACUGAAUAUUGGAAAGAAUAUUGAUAUAGAAUUAAAGUCCAACAGAACGCGAGUUAUAUCGAAGAAAAGAGCUCUAACAACAAGUUUUUUUGACAUUGGCAAAAAGGAUGAACAAAAUAGACGCGAUUUUUUAUUUGGAACAUCCUUGGAAAAUAGUCUAUCAAGAAAUAGAAAACAAGGAGACGUAGUGCCUGGAUCGAAGUCAUUGACAUCAGUUUUUCGUAGUAAUACACCCAAUAGUAGGGUUGGGAAAUUUAAUAGUAAUGUACGCUCAUGUGAGAAUUUACCAACAAAUUUGUUGGACUAUGUAAGCUCUUCAGAGCAAGGAUCUUCAUCAGAUAAUUUGCCAUAUAUUCAUAAGACUCCAACGAUAUCAAAAUCAAUACAAAUAUCUCGAAGUCAAUUUGACGUGAGAAAAAGUGAUUUUGACCUUAAUGGUAUAUCAUUCGAUGAAUCUAAUGAGAAGAAACUAAACGUACCUGUAUUUGUCCUAAACUGUAUAAAAUAUUUGGAAGAUCAUGGACUUCAAAACGUUGGUCUAUUUCGUGUUAGUACAUCAAAAAAACGAGUGAAACAACUUCGGGAGGACUUUGACAAAAAAUGGAACAUGUGCAUUCCUGACAAUACAUGCCCUCAUGAUGUCGCAACAUUACUGAAGGAAUAUUUACGAGACUUACCUGAGCCUUUGCUGUGCAACAAACUGUAUACUACUUUUUUAGAAACUCAACGUAUUCGGAACCGACGAUUACAGCUUGAGGGGAUAUCUCAUCUAAUCAAAUUGUUACCUAUUGCACAUCGAGACACAUUGCAUGUAAUAUUACGAUUUCUUGGUAAUGUAGCUGCCCAUUGUGAUGAUAUAUUUUCCGCUGAUGGAACAAUUGAAAUUACUGGCAACAAAAUGGACAGCUACAACUUAUCGACAAUCUUUGCGCCAAAUAUUUUGCGCAAUUCCUUGUCAAAGGCACCUCAAUUUAAUGAACAUGAAAAUAUGUCGAAUGCGAUAAAUGUUAUAAGAAUAAUGAUUGAUCACUAUGAGGAAAUAUUCAAAGUGCCACGGGAGCUACUUGACGUUCUAUACACUAAUAUGUUAGAUACAUGUCCAGAUAACCUACACGCACUUAUGUCAAACAAAGCCCGACAAAUACAGAAUCAAGAUGAAAGUACAGAACCUAAAUGCAAUAUUGUAAAUCCAGAAUAUCUUAAGCAGACUCAUUACGAAUCAUCUACUCAUUUAAAAUGUGAUGAAAGACGUCAAUCCACACCGAUUUUGCUUGAUGAAUUGAACGUAUUCUCAGCUAGUCUUCAGAUAUCAAGGCCAGAUGAAUCAAUUAAAGACAAAACUGUGUUUACUACCAUUAUAACUGAACCCAAACUUCCAGAGAGUACAUCGAAUCUUGGAGGAGCCGCAUUAAGGGCCAAGACUGCGGAACUUGGUAAAACAUCUAAUAAAUGUAACGCAGAUAAUGAUGUAUCACGCGUUUCUCCAUCGAAAAGCACCAAGCUUUAUAAACGUCAGCAUUUUAUAUCAAGCUCGAGGCAUAAGAAUUAA